AUGGCCCCCUUCCAGACAGAAGUAAUCCCGCUCCCCGACGACCUGGCCUGGGAAACGUACGUGAAGAAUGCAACGGGCAAAAUCAUCCUAGCGUGCUACUGGCCCGAGGACAAGACCUCGCGCAUCCUCAUUAACCAGCUGACCAAGCGGCUGCCGGACAUCAAGAGCCUGGGCGUCACGGGCGUGUACAGUCUGGAUGUGUAUUCGCUGCCCAAGAUCGCCGAGGAGUUGGAUGUCACGUUUGUGCCGACGUUGAUGUGGUUUGAUGAUAGGAUACAAGAUGCGCUGGUUUGGCAUGAUGGGGUGAGGGUGGAGGGGGAGAAGGUCAGUGGUGGUGUGCAGAGGGUGUUGUCGAGGAUUGCGGAGAGUGGAAUGGAGAACGAUGGAGGUGAUGCGUGGGAAGGAACGGGAGGGGUGUAUCAUGGUGUUGGAUCGUGA